AUGGGCGUUUGGGAUGAAAUCUUACCGUUAGUAGAGUUCACCUACAACAACAACUUCCAGUCCAGCAUUGGAAUGGCUUCCUUCGAAACUCUGUACGGACGUAAGUGCCGCACACCACUUUGUUGGUUCCAGGAAGGAGAGAAUGUGCUAACUGAACCUGAGCUCAUCCAGCAAACUACCGAGAAAGUGAAGUUAAUUCAAGAAAGGCUGAAGACGUCCCUUAGCAGGCAGAAGUCCUAUGCGGAUAGAAGAAGAAGACCUUUGGAGUUCGCUGCAGGAGAUCAUUCUUCCACGUUUUCCCAACUCCGGAAGUACAUAGCCAAUCCUUCUCAUAUCUUGGAGCUGGAAGAUGUUCAACUGCGCCACGACCGAACGCUAGAAUUGCAACCUGUUCGCGUGGAAGACAGCCGCACCAAGCUAUACAAAGGAAAGGACGUUUGUCUAGUUAAAGUGGUGUGGGAUGCGAAGACUGGCGAAUCAACAUGGGAAGUGGAGGAUGCUAUGAGAGAUUUGUAUCCCCACUUAUUUAUGGAACUCCCAACUUCUCUCUACUAUAAAUCUCACGCCUCUUCUCCGAUCAACUUGCAGCACCGUAGGAACGCUCGUCCAACUGCAAGCUACCAACUGGACCGAACAAUUUCAAAGGCUGAAACUGGUAAGUCUCCUUCAGAAGCUCGUCCUUAG